AUGCCCGAAAGAGGAGAAUCAAGUAGAAAGGGGAAGAAAGUAUCUCAAUAUUAUUACGAUGAAGAAGAAGAAGAACAAGCGGGACCAUCAAAUGCUCCUCCUCCACCAAGACGUACCCGUACUAACACCCAUACAAAUAGAAAUACUUCUUUCAUCCCAUCCAAUACUCAAGGUACAAGUGCUCCAUGGGGAAAUAAUCAUAUGGAUCCUGUUCACGUAUCGCAACACUGGUUCGAUCAAUUAACUUCUGAUAGUGGUAAACUUGAUGUUGACCAAAUUCGUGACUUCGAGAAUAUGGCAGGUUUGAAUUCGGGACAUUUGAAAACAGCUCCUUUCCCAUUCGAAUUGAAAUUUCCCCAUGAGCUUGGAAUGGACGAUACGGAUGUUAUGGAUUAUCCUCACUCUACAACACCAACAAACAGGGAGACAAACAAUUUUGCUCAAAUGGCCUUUGAGCUCAGUUCUAGAUUGGAAGUUAUGACUGGUUCAAUAGGGUCAAACAAAGAUCAAGCGGAAUAUACGGAAGAAGAGGUGGAGAUGAUGAAGACUAUUCUGAGCAAUUUGUGGGAAAUCGGUCAAGGGGGUGAUUAUUGGGUUGUUGAAGGUGUUUGGUCCAAAAGGAUGGAUUUGAUGGAUUUAGGACAGGAGGAAAGAGGACGAUAUCUUGAACAAUUGAAAAGUUUACAUGAUUUGACUAUCUCGCAGUUAUAG